AUGGCCGAUAUCUCUUUAGAAGAUGUUAAGAAUGAGAGCGUCGAUCUUGAGAGAGUUCCUAUUGAGGAAGUGUUUGAGCAGCUGAAAUGUACAAGAGAAGGUUUGACUUCUGAGGAUGGAGAGAGGAGGCUCCAAAUAUUUGGCCCAAACAAGCUGGAGGAGAAAAAAGAGAGCAAGUUGCUCAAGUUCUUGGGUUUUAUGUGGAAUCCUCUCUCAUGGGUCAUGGAGUCUGCUGCUAUCAUGGCCAUUGUUUUGGCCAAUGGAGGGGGCAAGCCACCAGAUUGGCAAGAUUUUGUUGGUAUUGUUGUUUUGCUUAUCAUCAACUCAACUAUCAGUUUCAUCGAGGAAAACAACGCAGGCAACGCUGCAGCCGCUCUCAUGGCUGGUCUCGCCCCCAAGACAAAGGUUUUGAGGGAUGGAAAGUGGAGUGAGCAAGAGGCUGCAAUUUUGGUACCAGGAGAUGUGAUCAGUAUCAAGUUGGGAGACAUUGUCCCUGCUGAUGCUCGUCUCUUGGAAGGCGAUCCCUUAAAGAUUGAUCAGUCUGCGCUUACUGGUGAGUCUCUGCCUGUUACCAAGCAUCCUGGCAGUGAGGUCUACUCUGGCUCCACCUGCAAGCAGGGUGAGAUUGAGGCUGUUGUUAUUGCUACUGGUGUGCACACUUUCUUUGGAAAGGCUGCUCAUUUAGUGGACAGUACCAAUCAAGUUGGUCACUUUCAAAAGGUUUUGACAGCCAUUGGUAACUUUUGUAUCUGCUCAAUCGCUAUAGGAAUGCUGAUUGAGAUCAUUGUGAUGUACCCAAUUCAACACAGGGCAUACAGAGAUGGUAUUGACAAUCUCUUGGUUCUCCUCAUUGGAGGUAUCCCAAUUGCCAUGCCAACAGUCUUGUCUGUAACCAUGGCUAUUGGAUCCCACCGUCUUUCCCAGCAAGGCGCCAUCACCAAGAGGAUGACAGCCAUUGAAGAGAUGGCAGGAAUGGAUGUUCUUUGCAGUGACAAAACGGGAACUCUUACUCUCAACAAACUUACAGUAGAUAAGUCCUUGAUUGAGGUCUUCAACAAGGACAUAGAUAAGGACACUGUCGUCUUGCUUUCUGCUAGGGCCUCCAGGGUUGAAAACCAAGAUGCCAUUGAUGCUUCAAUCGUUGGGAUGUUAGGCGACCCUAAAGAGGCAAGAGCUGGAAUCACUGAGGUACAUUUCCUGCCUUUCAAUCCUGUGGAUAAGCGCACAGCAAUUCUUUACAUUGACAACAAUGGCAACUGGCACAGAUGCAGCAAGGGUGCUCCUGAGCAAAUUAUUGAUCUUUGCGAUCUCAAGGGACAAGUGAGGGAAAAUGCGCUUGCUAUCAUUGACAAGUAUGCUGAACGCGGUCUUCGCUCCUUGGCAGUUGCUCGACAGACUGUUCCAGAGAAGACUAAGGAGAGUGCUGGAGGUCCAUGGGAGUUUGUAGGUCUCAUGCCUCUCUUUGACCCUCCAAGGCAUGACAGUGCUGAGACUAUUCGCCGAGCUCUUGAGCUUGGUGUCAAUGUGAAGAUGAUCACUGGUGACCAACUUGCCAUUGGAAAAGAGACCGGCCGUAGGCUUGGCAUGGGAACCAAUAUGUAUCCCUCGUCUUCUCUCCUUGGCCAGAACAAAGAUGAAUCCACUGCUGGCAUUGCUGUUGAUGAGCUCAUUGAGAAGGCUGAUGGUUUUGCUGGAGUCUUCCCUGAACACAAGUAUGAAAUUGUUAAGAGGCUACAAGAGAGGAAACAUAUCUGUGGUAUGACUGGAGAUGGUGUCAAUGAUGCUCCAGCACUAAAGAAGGCAGACAUUGGUAUUGCAGUUGCUGAUGCAACUGAUGCAGCAAGAAGUGCAUCUGACAUUGUUUUGACAGAACCAGGACUAAGUGUCAUCAUCAGCGCCGUGUUGACAAGCCGAGCCAUCUUCCAAAGGAUGAAGAACUACACAAUUUACGCCGUAUCCAUCACAAUCCGUAUUGUGUUGGGAUUCUUGUUGGUUGCUCUCAUUUGGGAAUUUGACUUCUCACCUUUCAUGGUUUUGAUCAUUGCCAUCUUGAAUGAUGGGACAAUCAUGACCAUUUCCAAGGACAGGGUGAAGCCAUCUCCUUUGCCCGACUCAUGGAAACUAAAGGAGAUUUUCGCUACUGGUGUUGUUCUUGGAACCUACAUGGCUGUCAUGACUGUGGUCUUCUUCUGGCUUGCCCAUGAAACAGAAUUUUUCUCUGUAUGUAAUAUCAAACUAGUUCAAAGCUUUCACCAACAAUAUUUCGAUGUGAAGCCUCUUAAGAGCUUGGCUGAGCUUAACUCAGCUCUCUACCUUCAAGUGAGCAUUAUUAGUCAAGCACUCAUCUUUGUGACCCGUUCAAGGAGCUGGUCCUUUGUUGAACGCCCUGGUUUCUUGCUUCUUGGUGCCUUUAUUGCAGCACAGCUGGUGGCCACUUUAAUUGCUGUGUAUGCAAACUGGGGUUUUGCUAGAAUCCAAGGCAUUGGCUGGGGAUGGGCUGGUGCGAUCUGGGUUUUCAGCAUAGUCACUUACUUCCCUCUUGAUGUUCUCAAGUUCAUAAUCCGAUAUGCAUUGAGUGGCAAGGCCUGGAAUACCUUGCUUCAAAACAAGACCGCUUUCACAACAAAGAAGGAUUAUGGAAGAGGUGAAAGAGAGGCGCAGUGGGCCUUGGCUCAACGAACAAUUCAUGGUCUUCAGCCUCCAGGAGCUCUUUUCAACAACGAUAACCAUGAACUGUCUGAGAUAGCCGAGCAAGCCAAAAGGCGUGCUGAAGUUGCUAGGCUGAGGGAGCUCCACACGUUGAAGGGUCACGUUGAAUCUGUAGUGAAGCUUAAGGGGCUUGACAUUGAUACUAUUCAGCAACACUACACUGUGUAGAAGUCUUCCUUCUUCAAGGUUAUACAGACAUGUCUGUUUAAGCACAUAAACUGCCAUGGAAGAUGCUGGCUUGGAGAUAAUAGAGAGAAGCCAAAACUUGAAAUAUUAUGUCUUCUUUUGUCGUUGUUUGAUUUUACAUUUAAUUUUAGAUAUGCUUAAUAUGCACAGGUGGAUGGGAUUAAUUUGUUGGUAGUAAUAAUUUGAAAAAAAAAAUGUUCAAUGAGAUAUGGAAAAGA